AUGGCAUUCUCCUGCUCUUCCGUGGUUCUGAUUGUCUUCUCCCUGUUCUUGCUCCAAUGCUUACGUGGCAACGCUGCAAAAUGCCACGCCGACGAUGAAGCCGGGUUACUGGGUUUCAAGUCGGGCAUAACGGAUGACCCGUCGGGGAUGCUCAAUUCGUGGGAAGCUGGUACCGAUUGCUGUACAUGGGGUGGCAUAGAAUGCCAGGGCGGAAAUCGGGUUACCGAUAUAAUACUUUUCGGUGGCGGUGACCCGAAGAUUUAUUUGACUGGCACGAUCUCGCCGGCGCUGUCGAAGGUCAGAUACUUACAGACGAUUUACUUUAAGGACCUCCAAAACAUCACCGGCACGUUUCCGGAACUGGUUUUCAAGCUCCCCAGACUCCAGUUCUUCUAUAUCGAGAACUGUGAUCUUCAUGGUCGACUACCGUCGAAAAUCGGCCGACUUUCUAGACUCCAAGGUCCGAGUUUCGCGAAGAAUGCAUUCUCUGGUCCGAUACCAAGUUCUAUAUCCAAACUCACCCAGUUGACUUAUCUCAGCCUCGGCAGUAACUAUUUCACCGGCGAGAUCCCAGACGGAAUCAGGCAUCUCAAGAACUUGUCUGUGCUGAACCUUGAACAGAAUCUCUUUCAUGGGAAAAUCCCAGAUGCCUUCUCGUCUUUCUUCGAUCUUUAUUUCCUGAGCCUGUCCAACAACGGACUUUCCGGUGAGAUCCCGCCGUCGAUAUCUGCUCUUGCACCCCGACUUGCGUUUCUACUGCUGGAUCGCAACAAUCUCAGUGGAAAUAUCCCAGAUUUUCUGGGAAAUUUCAAAGCACUGGACACGCUCAACCUUUCUUGGAAUGGUUUCUCUGGCAUAGUACCGAAGAGCUUCCGCAAUCUGACCAAGAUCUUCAACCUCGACUUCUCCCACAAUGAUCUCGUUGACCCUUUUCCGGCAAUGGACGUAAGAGGAAUAGAGUCACUCGAUCUCUCCUACAAUCAUUUUCAUCUAGGCCAAAUACCGAAGUGGGUCACUUCGUCUCCGAUCAUUUACUCGCUCAAGCUCGCAAGGUGUGGUCUCAAGUUCAAGCUAGACGAUUGGAAGCCAUAUGAGACUUAUUUCUACGACUACAUUGAUCUUUCUGACAACGAAAUCUCUGGCAGCCCAGUUCGGUUGCUGAACAGCACGGAUUACUUGGUCGGCUUUUGGGCUGCAAGGAAUCAGUUGAGGUUCAAUAUGGAGAAUUUGAAACUCCCCAAAAUGAAAACUCUAAAAUACUUGGAUUUAUCUCGAAAUCUGAUAUAUGGUAAGCUACCCAGUAGCAUUUCAGGGUUGAAGAAGCUGAACGUCGCUUACAACCAUCUAUGCUGUAAGAUUCCGGCGACGAGGUUCUCUGCCAAGGCGUUUUUAGGACGACUGUCUGUGUGAACCUCCACUUCCCGCAUGCAAAGUUCACUAAUCAGUACUAACU